AUGAAAGAAGGUGAGAUCGGCUACAGGUGCAAUCAAUGCCAGAAAAAGUACGGUGGCCUGCUGUGCCAUGCGUGUUUCGUCGAGAGUCCACAUGCCUCUCAUAAAUACACCCAAGUCAAGGUGAUGAGCGGAGUGAAGCCUUGUCACUGUGGAAAUAUGAAGAGUUUCAAGCGCAAGCCGACCUGUAACAACCAUUUGGCGCAGAAGGGCAUUCUCAAAAGCACAAGAAACAUAGAAAUUAACGGAUUCGUGAUUCCAGUAAGUCCAGAUGGCAUUCCGAUGGUUCAAUUCGCAAGAAAAACGAAAACUGGCGAUGAUAAAUUGGAAUUAAUCGCAGAUGGGAUGGCGAGUGAACGAAAAAAGUCACAUGUUACGUUUUUGAAACACUCGCUUUACGGACACCCUGGAUAUCCCCCAGUGCCUGGUUCUCGACGAGCAGAAGGGCUGGAUCCACUAGAAAUGGCCGUUGAAGAAAUCAUAUCAUCCCAGUCGAGUCAAGAAAGCUACGAAAACGACAUGCUGUAUGGAUUCAAGCGAAAGGAAGGUGCAGAGAAGGGCAUGAAUUUCGCAGACGUUGUGCAGCAGAUUUCAGAAAAGUCAAAAUCCGAUAACCGAAAAAGAUCUACAGCUUCAACUCUUGAAUCAGUUCUUCCAUCAAUGGCGCGUAACUCGAGAAGUUGCAGUGUUGUCGUUACUAAUUCUACUGACUCUUCCUUGAUUCCAAGUUUGGAAUAA